UUUUGCCCAUUCAAGAUGAGUGACGCCGCUUCAGCACCAGCAGCCCUUCCAGUAGCGAGCCCGAAAAAGGCAGCUGCCAAAAAGGCUACCACUGCCAAGAAACCGGCCUUGAAAGCAGAUCAUCCUCCUACAGCUCAGAUGGUCAAUGCCGCCAUUCGUAAUCUGAAGGACAAAAAAGGAUCAAGUCUUCAGGCCAUCAAAAAGUACAUAGCUGCCAAUUACAAGGUCGAUGUCGAAAAGCAAUCUACUUUCAUUCGUAAAUAUCUUAAAUCUGCCGUUGAAAAAAAAGUCUUGGUACAGACUAAAGGGUCUGGAGCUGCUGGCUCUUUCAAACUGGCAGAAAAAGCGAGCAAAGUCGAAAAAGUCGUCAAGAAAAAACCCGCAACAAAAAAGCCUGCCUCACCUAAGAAGCCUGCAGCUAAAAAAGCAGUUGGUGAAAAAGCUGCCAAGAAAGCCGUGAGCAAAAAGCCAGCCAGUGAGAAAAAAACAAUUGCUGCCAAAAAGCCGAAAUCACCUAAACCGAAGAAAGCCGCUGGAUCUCCCAAGAAGCCUAAAGCUGUCAAACCUAAAGUUGCCAAGCCGAAAAAAACUGCUGUCAAAAAAGCUAAAGCCACGAAACCAGCCAAAGAAUAAAUU